AUGUCCGGAAUCCUGAAUAUCUGGGUUACAUCUCCCGAUACCCACUCUGAGAGGAGAAUCGAUCCUCAUUGGACUGUCGAACAGCUCAAAGGAAAACUCGAGCUGAUUACUGGUGUCCCUGUAGCGAACCAGAUUCUUACGUUGCUAGAUUCGGAUCAGGAUGGGAGGGUUGUUGCGACGUUUGACGAUGAUUCGAAGAAACUUGGGUUUUAUGGGUUGAGGGAUUGGCAGGUUAUCAAGGUAGAAGACUCCAACCCCGCAACAUCGUUCACAGGUCAACUCACCGACGUCUCUCAAGUCGAUAAAUUCGAGCUGACGGGGGAGGAGUACGCCAAACGACCCGACACCGUCCUCGCCUACAAACAGCGCAACAAGAUCGGGCGAUUCGCAGAGAAGAGCGGUAAAGACGACGAGCCACAAUCCACCUCUGUGCCGGCUGAUAUCACAAUCGGGUCCCGCUGCGAGGUCGAAUCAAGCGAACAGGGACUGAAGAAACGGGGGACGGUCCGAUUUGUUGGAGAGACCAAAUUCAGCAAGGGUGUUUGGGUCGGCAUUGAGUAUGACGAACCGUUUGGAAAAAACGAUGGGAGUGUCCAAGGGGAGCGAUACUUUUCGUGUCGAGACAAGUAUGGCGUCUUUGUGAGACCUGAUAAAGUCAAAGUUGGGGAUUUCCCUGAGGAAGAGAUUGAUUUGGACGAGGAAAUGUAA